AGCAGCGCUUCCUUCGUGCCUGGCUGAGGGAGAUGGUCGACGUUCUUCUUGCUGUCCCUAUCGCCUCCGUCGCGGCCGCCGCUCUACGUCAGAGGGGGGCGGUUGAGCCGCAGGAGUGGGGAGGCCUCUCUUGAGCCCUUGUUUCCCACUCGCCCCGCUUCCUUCCGUCCUUACUUGCCCGCCCGUCCUUUUUCCCUUCCGCCGGCGCUGGCUGUCCCUCGCCCCCCCGCCGCCCGCCUCAAUGCAUCCUGCCCUCUACUCCCGGGCCAACAUGAUACGCGAGAUCGCCGCGGCCGUGGGCUUCAUCGCCAAGUUCCUCCGCACCAAGGGGCUCAUGAACGAGCGGCAGCUGCAGACCUUCAGCCAGAGCCUCCAGGAGCUGCUGGCAGAACACUAUAAACACCACUGGUUCCCUGAAAAACCAUGCAAAGGAUCGGGCUACCGCUGUAUCCGGAUCAACCAUAAAAUGGAUCCCCUGAUUGGACAGGCGGCGCAGCGGAUUGGGCUCAGCGGUCAGGAACUGUUCAGGCUCCUUCCAAGCGAACUCACUCUCUGGGUCGACCCCUUCGAAGUCUCCUAUCGGAUUGGAGAGGACGGCUCAAUCUGUGUGCUGUAUGAAGCCACACCAACAGCAGCUAGCCAAAGUAGCACCAGCAUGCAAAUGGUAGACAGCAGAAUAAGCUGUAAGGAAGAACUCCUCUUGGGCAGAACCAGCCCCUCCAAGAGCUACAACAUGAUGACUGUAUCAGGUUAAGAUGUGUAACCCAUGGAUGGAUCAUCUUAUAAUGGAUGGAUAAAUUUGGUUUUUACUUUGGGUGGGCUCCUCUGGGGAUGGAUUACGGAAUUUAAACCAUGUCACAGCUGUGAAGACCUGGCACAACCUAAGAGUGGUAAACGUUAUUUUAUAGUGGCAGUGCCAUAGUUUCGACAGUACCUUUCAGAGAUUUAAUAGCCUGUGAGUAAAGAUGAUCAUUUUAUUUCCAAAAGUGUGAAGUUGUCCCAGGAAGGCUGCAGGUUUCUCCCAGUUGUCUUGCUUAAUGUUUUCUUGAAAAGCACCAAUUCUUUCAGCUGAAAUCUAUAGCUAUAAAAUUUAUCUCUGCAGCAAAGAUUGCAGAGCAAAUUUGCACUAUACAUUUUUUAAGGAAAAAAUGUUACCAUUUUUGGCAGCUCAGUAACAAGACUCGUUCUGAACAUGAUAGUACUGGAAAUUUUAUCUGACAAGACUUUUACCUAGCACUUAACAGUAUGUAUAAACUGUACAUAAAGUCACAUUUAGUGGGCAUGAACUGGGAAGAAAUGGUCAGAUCUCUGUUUGCAUAUUGGCCUUCAAGGUAGCAAGUGAACAGAAUCUGCUAUGCCAACAGGCUUGAGAGAGACCAUACAAAGACACUGUCUGAACUGUGGUGUGUUUUACCAACCAGCUAUCUGUACAUUUGCUAGCUUGUAGUUUUCUAAGAUUGAGUAAACCUCUUAUUUUUAGAAAGUGGAGGUCUGGUUUGUAAUUUCCUUGUACUUAAUUGGGUAAAAGUCUUUUCCACAAACCACCAUCUAUUUUGUGAACUUUGUUAGUCAUCUUUUUUUUCCUUUUUGGUAAAUUAUGAACUGGUGUAAAUUUGUACAGUUCAUGUAUAUUGAUUGUGGCAAAGUUGUACAGAUUUCUAUAUUUUGGAUGAGAAACUUUUCUUCUCUCUAUAAUAAAUUGUUUCCUAUCUUGGCAUUUUAA